AUGUCCACUCAAGACUCACGCAGUAUCCUCUUCACAAAUACCCUUCCUCAACAAGGCUUUCGACUCCUAGAACUAACCCCUGAGCUGGAAAAGCUCCUAACAGCAAAAGAUGCACCAACACUCGAACUCAAAUCACCAUCUGCCGCACUCGCCAAAGCAGUAAUUGACCCAAGCGCCCAAGACUACAUCAACCUCUGCACAGCAACGUCCACCUAUCGCAUCCGCCAAGUUCAAUCCUCAAACUCCAUCCACGUCCUCCGACCCAGCCACGGCGAGAUCUCCCAGGCAGAUAUCAAGGUCGUCGAAGACGUCGAGACAAGUCUAGAUCUACCCAAUGAAGCAGUGACAACUAUUGCGAAAUGCUCAUCUACACUGGAGCUCCAUGUCCCGCCCGGUGGGUUCUCCGCAAUACCAUUUCUGGAAAAGAGUUUGCGGCUGUAUGAUCGUCGUGAUGAUGAGGAUAUCCCCAUGGAUGAAUCCGGGCCUCUAGGCGCGCAAGAAAUGCGCCAGGUGCGAGAGCAAAUGUGUCUGGAUAUCCCUGUGUCAACGGCACAGUGUGAGCAGGGAUGGGUGGAUCUGUGUGCUUUUGUGGAUGGGGGCGAGGAGGUAGCGGGGUGGAGGCCUUCUGCGCGGGCACGACUGCAUGUUUGGAAAAGUUUGGUUGAGGGCGCGGUGUUGCAGGGGAUUGAUCUGGAGAAACAGUUUCUUGUGGGGGAUUUGUGGAAGUCUGUUUUUGAUGAUGAGCAGGAUGCUCCUUUUCCUCGGGCUUUGCUGGAUGCUGUUGUGAGACGCAUUUGUGUUGAGGAUGAGAGGCCUGCGUUGGCGGAUGAAAUGAAAUGGGCAAGCUUUGACAAGACUGAAUGUACGCGGUGGGUUGGUGAGACCUGGUUGGCUGCGAAUGCUCACAGUGUUUCGUCUGCGGUUGGGAAAAGUGAGUUUAUGCGGGCGUGGAAGGACUGUCUUCCUGAGUCUUGGAGAGAAGAUGUGGCUCUGUCGAAAUUGACGGAUGGAUGUUACAAGAGUCCUGACCCUACGACGAUUUAUUAUAUUGUGGAAUCACAGCGCGAAGACACCCCCAAAGCUGCUGCUCCUGGGGCAGCUGCGGCAAAGGCCAAGAACUCCCGGAAUUGGCAUGAAUUGCUGAAAGCUCGUCGUUGA